AGCCAUUUGGAGGCUGACCCUGCCCGUUUGGGGCCUGGCAGUGCCCCUUUUGGGGACGGCAGCUCCUUUCUGGGGCGCAGCUCACCCCAUUUCAGGGCAUGUCAGUGGCCCUGCCCUCCCCAGACCCCCCCAUUUGUGUGUGUGUCCCCCCCCCAGGAGCUGGUGGUGCAGAAGGGCUGGCGCCUGCCCGAGUACACGGUGACGCAGGAGUCGGGGCCGGCGCAUCGCAAGGAGUUCACCAUGACCUGCCGCGUGGAGCGCUUCGUGGAGAUCGGCAGCGGCACCUCCAAGAAGUUGGCGAAGCGCAACGCGGCCGCCAAGAUGCUGGUGCGGAUCCACAACGUCCCCAUGGAGCCACGGGAGGGCAGCGAGGCCGAGGUGGAGGAGGACCAGUUCUCCAUGGUACUGGCCAAGCUGCUCUCUCUGAAACGGGACAGCAAGAGCCAAAAACCCAUCUGCCUGCACAGAGACUCUGCCCAAACAGCUUUAGAGAAACAAAAAAGGCGGGUCCUGGGGGGGGGGAGCGCUACGCAGGAUCUGAACCAGAAGUGCAAACUGCCGAGGCCAGAAGUGACCCUGCUCACGCCCAAGGAGACUGAAGAUGAGUGA